AUGACCGUCAUUGAUGAAUAUAUUACGAUCCUCAAGAAACGGGCAAAUUCGGCAUGCUUUCUACCAUGCAACCGGAUACCAUGCAGUCAGACGCCCAGCCUCAUUAAUCCGCAUACUAGACCUGUAAAGGCACCAUGUCAGAACCAAAUGUUCCCCCAUAUCAAGCAUCCGAGGGGCAAGUGCCCUUGUCCAAUACCCGUCAGUAUCUUAAACCCUAUCCUCCCCGUCCUGGAUAGCAGGGAACCAACAACCUCAGAUGCUGACAAACUUGAACAACUCGCCAAGGAGAAACUCACUGAGAACGGCUGGUUCAACGCCUCAUCCAACGCCGGCCUCUCCCACACCCACCUCGCCAAUCGCCAGGCCUUCUUCCGCCACAAGAUUCUGCCGUGCCAGCUCGACGACACAAACGACCGAUGGACGCGCACCACCCUGUUCGGCCAGGACGUCUCAGCCCUCUUUGACAUCGCCCCAGUGGGCAUCAAUAAAUUCUAUCGUCCGCGCGGCGAGCUCCCCGUCGCCCUUGUCGCUGCCGAACUCGGCCUGUCCUCCACUCUGUCCACCACAGGCUCGUGUUCUAUGGAGGACGUGGCGUCGGCCUACGAUGUCGACCGCGCGGCGGCGUGCACAGCCGGGGCAGCCAACGUCAGAGUCCUGGAGGCGGCGCGCUUCUUCCAGCUCUACAUGCCACAUGACGAUGAGCUGACCCUCAGCUGGCGGCACGACGACGCCGCGACGUUCAACUAUGCUUUUGACCGCGGCAUCGGGGCUGACCUCGGCCUCCCCGACCCCGUCUUUCAAGUGCGGCUCCAGGGAAAGGGCAUCGAUCCGGCGAAACAGCCCAAGGAGGCAGCCGUCAUGUGGAUCGACAGGAUCUGGCACGGCUGCGCCUGGUCUUGGGACAAGGCCGUCUGGGCGCGCGAGACGUGGCGCGAGAUCAGCGGCGGCAAGUCCUUCCUCAUCAAGGGGAUCCAGCAGGUCGACGACGCCGAGAGUACGGCGGAUCUCGGGGUUGCGGCGGAUAUCGUCAAGGCGCUGGCGCUAGGUGCCAAUGUUGUGCUCGUUGGGCGGCUCUGGAUCUGGGGGCUCAGCAUCGUGGGCGAGUCUGGCAUUCGUCAUGUGCUCGUGGGCUUGGUAGCGGAUCUGGACCUCUUGAUGAACGUCGCGGUGAUCAACAGUAUUGGGGAUAUCACUCAGGAUUCGACGGAGUCUCCGCCGCCGUCGUGUGCCUCACUCAACGAGAAGAGCAAGCUGUAG